AUGUCUGCAGUAGAGCAAUUGUCCAUCAAGGAUGAGCCACCAUCUUCCACCGGUGCUUCCAACGUCUAUUUGGGAAUGAGAAACGAAACGGUUAACAUCCAAGAGCAGGGAAAAUGGGUGCAUUACAACAAGCCAGUUACGCUUGCCGUCACCGGAGUCCUCGUCUUUCUGACUGGGAUCAGCUUGUCCGCUUUGUACUUCAGCCACAGCAUCGAUCUCCCAUCUGCAUUUGGCCCCAUCUGUCUUUCGAUAGGGCUUAUGUUCUUUGUCACUGGGGUGGUGUGGCUGUCCAUUGUUAAACGCGCUAUCAGAUACGAGGAGUUUUUAACGAAAAGCGUGACAGACUUUGGCGCCUAA